CAAACACCGAAGAAGUUGGGAAACCUGCCAAUCCACUCCAUAAUGAGCCCUGAGAAAUAGCUUCUCUGGGGGAAAUAAAGCAGAUCGCAUCACAAGAGGAAAGAAGCUGGCAGGUGCAGGGUCCACAAGAGCCUUGCCUAUCACAAAUUGCUUACCUUUCCCCCUGCUGAACAACCUCAGGAUCCCACACAUUCAUUUCCCAUCUUUUGGGAAGGUUGAAAACAAUGGACUGGAAAAACACAGAAAUUCCCUUUGACGCUAUCUCAGCGCUUGCAUAUAUAAUCGUUGAUGAUGUGAUCAAAAGUGCUGAACAGGUUGUUAUAAAAGAACAGCUGGAAAAGGCGGGUAUUGCAAGUCCUACCGUUGUUCCAAGUCGGGAGAAAUUCUUCGCUGAGCCUUCUUCAGUUGCUGAGGCCAAAUAUGAAGUGAAAAAUAUCAAGUGGCUGACAUGCAAGGAAUUCACGACGACAAAAGGGCUGAUGAAGAUUGAAGAAUACAUGAAAACGUGGGAGCUUCAUAAGAGCUGGCUACACUGGACAAACUACAUAGAAGAAGAAGAACUGCAGUAUAGUACUAGAUAUCAUUACCGAGUACGCUGGAGCAUCCCAACCUGUAGGAAGCCCAUCCCGCGAGCAACAGCAAAUGUCUAUUUCAUCAUAUCGAUUUCCAAAAUCAAACCGGAGACAUUACCUGUUGAAGUAUUCUUUGUAUUAGAGACAAACAAGUUCAUACACAGGCCAGGAGUAUGCAGAUUUAAAGAAAAAUGGCUCAAAGACAUAAUUGAAAGCAAAGUCAUCCUGAUGGAGACAGUAAACUUUUAGUACUAUUAUUAAUAAUUUUAUGUAUGUGUUUUGAUUAAUAAAAGUUAUUUCUUUAGUCAGCUUUCCAUUUUUGGCCUCUCCACAUACCUCUAAGCAGCUAAUUCAGCUAUCACAUGGAUGACAAACUUGCCCUGAGACUGCGGUAAAGGGCAGGUAAUACAUGUAAAUAAAAAUAGAAAUGUUAGUUUCACAGAAGGAACACACGUCCGCAUCCAAAUAUGAAGAUGCUUACCUUGCACGUUGUUCCAGGAAGGCCUGCCCUCAUGAUUGCCAGAAAUCCCAAUUUAUUUCACAAUUUGAGCUCACAAAGAAAUAAUGAAGGAGUAAACAGACUGAGUGCAUAUAUUACCCAUGAUACUCAAAGUAUUUUCUACAUGAAGCAGUCUUGGCAUUUAGUCCUCCUUUAAGAACUGCUCACUACCCCCCAUUCCAAAGUGAGGAAUGGAUCUUCAGAAUGACAACAAAUGCCUUCAGUGUUAUUAGAAGGGGACAAGUGACAUCCUUCUUUGUUUACUGGCAUUGAUCAAAAACAUUUCAAAGACUCAGGUGGGGCUUCAAAGUGGCAAACAGCAUAUUAAACAGGUGUGUCCAAGAAAACACUUAAAAAAUAUACAUGUCAUGCCCCCACAGAAGCUAGUCAUUUUCCCUAUUAAGUAUAAGUUUCCCAUAGCUAGCAUAGGAAUUUUAGUUAGCCCCCAUCCCUUUAAGAAGUUUCCCAAGGGGCAGUCUUCCUGUUAUUACCCAGUAAUCCCCCUGUUCAGUCAGUCCAAGGUGCCUAGAGUAGUUGGAAGUAGUUGUCAUGUCCAAGGUGUAUAGAGAGCAUUACGUUAAGGUUAACAGAGAGUAGUAUCUAAAUAAAAGACUCAAGGAACCUAUAGAAAGCAAAGACUAAGUGGAAUUUCUUGAAAGGAGACAAGAAAUAAUAAAGUCUACAGCUUCAAACUGUUCCAGUCAAGCAAGUACUUUAUUUUAGACAGACCCUGGGAGGAGUUAGGGUCUCCAUU